CGUUUAAUAUAUCUGUCAAUUUAUAUGAGAGAUACUCCCUAAGGAUAAAGUAGAUUAGAAAUUUCAUCAGAAAACAAUCAAUUUAGAUGUACAGUAUUGAUGUCUUAUAUUCCAAACAACUAAUGGAUUUACGAAUUCACCCACAAGAACCAGACCCACGGGAUCCUCCCACUACAGAUGAUCUACCCAAUCGGAGGUAUUUGGGUAACGAUACAGAAUGUAUUGCAUGUAAUGAAUUCAUCAGGCCUUCUUAUUGUAUAAAAUGUAAAUAUAUGACUGGACAUAAUACUCCAUCUCGAUUAGUUGUCAUAAGAAAUGGAAGACCAGCAAUGUCAUCUUUUUGUUGGACCUGUCGGUCACGAAAAAUAAGACUUGUAUCACACACAUUAUAUGAACGUUGCACCGGGAAAAAAGUUAUCCUAAGGAAACGAAGACUGAAUAAAAAAAGACCCAAGUAAAACAUAAUUAUCGCUAAUGAGAAGUGUCAUAAUGUUUUUAUACAAUGAUUCAAGAGAAAUUUAGAUUUAAUAACUUUAUUUUCAACUUGUUUGUUAUGAAUAAAAUUGUUUUGAAAGAGUGGUAACAGAAAACUUAUUGCUAUCCACAAAAUAUUAUCAUUAUGUAGUUUUAGUAAAAAUAAUAAUUUUUAUAACAAAUGUUUAAACAAUUGAUGCACCUUCUUGCUAGUUAAAUAAAUAUAAUUUACUACAUUUUACAAGUAAAACUAUAGAAAUACAGA